UCCCUCUCGCUUGGCGUCGCUGUUGUUCACAGGACGACUUGGCAUCUUGAAUUCUUGACGCACGAAUCCACGCAUCCAGUCACUCUUUACGUAUCCGGAGAGAGAGAGAGAGAGAGCGAUUCGUCUUCCUCUCUCGAAAUCUAUGUUCGACUGAUAGAUUUUCAGCCUCCCAUAAUCCAUUUCGCGUUUCUCUUCAUCUGGGUCUUCUUCGGUUCCAGCUCCCUACGUUUGGUUUCCAUGGCGGGUUCGUCUUCCUGUUACGCAUCUCCAUUGUGCACGUGGCUCAUGGCGGGUUGCAUGUCCGUCACGUGCGGCGGCGGAGAUCGCUAUGCCGCCAUCGCCUGCGGCAGCGCUCAUUCCGACAGUCAGAGUAGCCGCCGCUGGGCUCGCCGGAAGCGACUUCUUUCCAAAUGCUCCGCCGCUUCAGUAGCCGCCGGAGGCCAUGGAUCCACCGGCAUUCCAGCACUCGUGGAUUCCUGUUCGGCGUUCGGACCCUGUAACCAGCACUGGAACAACAAUGCCUUGUCAUCGUUUUUUGGAUCGAAUAACAUUUCCUUGAAUCGGAAGCAGAGGAGAUUGAAUCGAGGCUCCCGCUCCGGUGAAGUCAUGGCGGUUGCAGUGCAGCUGGGAAAAGAAUCCAUGACUAACAUGAAACCUCCUACAGAGCAACGACGUGUUGUUGUGACGGGUAUGGGAGUGGCGACAUCAUUAGGUCAUGAUCCGGAUACUUUUUACGAGAAUUUGCUGGAAGGGAACAGUGGUAUUAGCCAGAUCGAGAAUUUUGAUUGUUCUGAAUUUCCAACGAGCAUAGCCGGAGAGAUCAAAGAUUUUUCAUCCGAGGGAUGGGUUUCCCCGAAACUUUCGAAAAGAAUGGACAAGUUCAUGCUCUAUCUCCUAACUGCUGGCAAGAAAGCGUUGGUUGAUGGCGGGAUAACUGAAGAUGUGAUGGCUGAAUUAGACAAAGCCAAAUGCGGAGUUUUGAUUGGCUCUGCAAUGGGAGGCAUGAAGGUCUUUAAUGAUGCAAUUGAAGCUUUGAGGAUCUCAUACAGGAAGAUGAAUCCUUUUUGUGUUCCUUUUGCAACAACAAACAUGGGUUCUGCUAUGCUUGCCAUGGAUCUGGGAUGGAUGGGACCAAACUAUUCCAUUUCCACUGCCUGUGCGACAAGCAACUUCUGUGUUUUGAAUGCAGCAAACCACAUUAUCCGAGGUGAAGCUGAUGUAAUGCUCUGUGGUGGCUCUGAUUCUAUUAUUAUUCCAAUAGGUUUGGGAGGUUUUGUGGCAUGUCGUGCUCUUUCGCAGAGGAACAACGAUCCCACCAAAGCUUCACGUCCAUGGGAUAGUAGUCGAGAUGGUUUUGUGAUGGGAGAGGGAGCUGGAGUUCUCCUUUUGGAAGAACUUGAGCAUGCUAAGAGAAGAGGCGCAACUAUCUACGCAGAGUUUCUUGGUGGGAGUUUUACGUGUGAUGCAUAUCACAUGACAGAGCCGCGUCCUGAUGGGGCCGGAGUUAUUCUAUGCAUAGAGAAUGCAUUGAAUCAAGCUGGAAUCUCUAGAGAAGACAUAAACUAUAUAAAUGCUCAUGCUACCUCAACGCCGGCUGGAGACAUUAAGGAGUACAAAGCCCUCGUCCACUGCUUUGGCCAAAACCCCGAACUGAGGGUUAACUCAACCAAGUCUAUGGUCGGGCACUUGCUAGGAGCAGCUGGAGCUGUAGAGGCUGUCGCGACUGUGCAGGCGAUACGGACUGGAUGGGUUCAUCCAAAUAUCAAUCUUGAGAAUCCAGACGAAGGAGUGGAUACGGAACUUCUGGUGGGUCCGAAGAAGGAGAGGCUGAACAUUAAGGCGGCCUUGUCGAACUCAUUCGGGUUUGGUGGCCACAACUCAUCCAUCAUUUUUGCACCAUACAGCUGAAGUUGGAAAUGCCGCUGACUCGCCUUGCUAUAUAACUCAGCUUUAAGGUUCGGUAAAAUCAUAAGAGAAGGGGCGGUUGCUUUGGACAGACAACAACAUGCGAAGGUCAAGUGAGAUUAUUUGUUCUUUGUGCUUUGUUCAUCUGUCCUUUUUUUUAUAUUUAAAUUUAAAUCUUUGAGCCCUUUUAAUGUUUUUUCUUCUAUUGUUUUUUUUAAACGUACAAUACAAUCAAAUUGGCUGAUUUUGUUCUUUACAACUUUA